CCGAGCAACGGUUUUCGCCAUUCCAUCGAGUGAAGUUGAGCAGUCGCGAUCGGGACGUAGAAUCACGAAUUUCACUGGCGUUCCGAGUUCCGACGCAUCCGUUCGUUGUGUUCUUGUGCAAUCAAUUUGUUUUAUUUUUUGUGUGUUUAGAUCGAACAAAAGCGGUUCGAUUGUUAGGCUUUUUGUUUCUUUUCUGUGUUAUUCUAUUCGUGUGUGUGUUUACGGUGUCACCUAACAUUAUGGGUUUUUUGGGCACGAAACGGAAAAUAGGUUGGAGCGAAAUGUCUUUACUACUCGUCAUGCUAGUAAGCUGUCCGUUGCUCAUCCGCGGAGAGAUGCGUAAAUCGUGGCAAACCAAAAGUGUCGACCUGCAGGCACAGAUGCUUAAGGCAGCCCGGCUUGAAGAUCCACCCCAUGCAAAGCCUCCGGAACCGAACGACACACGUUUAGUAGCCGAAGAGUCAAGCAAUGGGGCCGUUACCGAACAACCGAAUGAGACACACUCCUCCACGUUGGCCGCCGUUAAAGUUGCGGACGAACUUAAAGCUAAGCCUGCGACGAUCUUUAGCAGUCGAGUACGUAGCAAAUAUGGAACCGUUGUCGGAUCAGUCGGGACGGACAAAGCAACGGUGAAUAGUGUAACACCUGAGCAGGAUGACGUGCGUGCCGUUCCGUUGGGAUAUGAGGAUAGUCCCCAGGAAAUACAAAUAGACGACGCCACUGUACAGGAUGAUGAUGACGAAGACGACGAUGAGGAUGAGGAUGAUCUGCUCGGUUGGAAUGGAACGAACGGCGAUAAGGAUAAGCAGUACGAUUUGAUCGAAAAUAUUCUCGAAGAGGUUGAAGGGCGCAUUGCACAGGAAAAGCAUGUCGAAGCGGAUGAGCUGUUGAGCUCUAGAAAGAAAAAACCCACCGAACAUACGAAGGAGUACACGUUCCCACCGGUACUGAACAUGACCAUCGAUGAACCGAACAACAUUGUGAAGGUUAAGCUUAAUCAGGACAUUGUGCGUGAUAUGUUAAACACCGGGCGUGAAUCGGGCGGUGGUAUCGGUGGCAAGAAGAUGCUACGUUACGUGCUGCCCCUGUUCAUCCUACCAUUCCUGAUCCAGUCCGCCGUCAUACCGUUCAUGCUGACGGCGGUAAAACUGUUCCUGCUCAAAUCGUUGAUGGCGGGCAAACUGGCCAUCUUUUUGCUGCUGUUAGGUGCGUUUAAAAAUUUUACCAAAAAAGAUCGUGAUGUGUACGUGAAGGAUCUGCCCGAUCGGCGAUAUGAACCGUCGAGCGAAGGGUUUGCCUAUCUGGCCGAGGGACGACCGAGCGGUUGGGUCAACUAGGAAAAAUCCGCCUGCAAACCGAUCUGCAAGAACGACGAUCGCUUAUUUAUGCAAAACUAGAAAACGUUAAAUGAUCAAUGUAACAAAGAUGGUAGACUUAAUGCAAAGCAUGGCUCUAAGCCAGUACAAACAAUAAACAAACAGACAUCUCCAUUCAAUCCGAACCAAAAUAGUAAACAGGGGUGUCGGCUCCAAGCCGCGAUGUUUGAUUUUAGGUUUCGGUUUCCGGGUUAAGUGGCUGUUUCCCGCAAAAAGGGGAACACGGUUUUGAUGCAUAUCUCACGCGCGGCCACAGGGGUAAGAUACCGAUUCGAAGCAGCUAUAACGUAAUUGAAUCUCCCCAAUUUGUGUGCCUCAUUUCGAGGAAUCGGGUUGGACUGGGUGUUGAGGUUUUAUGAUUACAAAAUCUUCUAGCGUGCGGCCGUGGAUUUUGUGGGGUAAUUUUGUUUACCUCUAUUAAGGUGGGCAAUUGCGUUUGGAAUUUGGACGACUUCGUAGACCAAUCGGUAGGUAAGCACACUCGUACUAAACUUUCAGUGCGGAGUUUGAUUGAGGGUUCCACGAAAGCUGCAGUUGACAUACCGAUUUUGGAAAAAGGGAUCAUUUAUGUUUGUGUUUUAUGUAGCCAUGCUAGAAACGUUUAACGGAAAUCGUCGCAAUCUUUUAAGUCGUAUGGAUCGCAAGUACUUGUUCUUUGGAAAGAAUGUUUUCUGAAAGGCUGAGAUCUCGUUAUGAUAUUUUUAGCAAGACUCUUGGAUAAAAGAACUUUUCUUAAGAACUUCUAAUGCAUGUUCUUUGGGACUCGCAGACAUGCGUUCAUUUGAAUAGAUCUAAUCAUUGCGCAU